CAAUCACUAGUUUUCACAUUACUUACCGGAGCAAAGAAUCACUUCACAAAACACGAUAACGCUUGCGCACACACCUCCGCCUCCAGCAAAGGCCAAACUCAUCUGAAUACGCCAAAGACAGGGCAAAAGCAAUUUUGUAGUGAAAGAAAGGAGACAGCGAAAAACAAUAUAGUGCCACACUCCUCGGCAGGCUUCAAAGUGUGGAACCAAAAUUGUCUAACACUUCGAGUAUGGGACCGUUCAGGUGUGGGGUGGGUUGGUGACGCAGGUUGCGGUGAGGGUUUACAUAGAAUAUGGGAGCGUGUGUGAAUGAGGUAGGGUGGUGGAGUGAGAGUUUGUCGCACGAUCGCUCGAAAGUGAGGGUCAGGGGUAGCGAGAAUGAAGAAAUUUCCCCCCUCUCAUGCGAUUUCUGCCAAGUGGGUAGCGCCUAUUGAAAAUGGAAGGAAACAGAAAAGAGUAACGCUACCAAGGUUGGAAUUGUCGGGCGCUUUAUUACUGUGCCAUUUGUGGAAAAAAACUACAGAGCAGCUUAAAACGCGACAUAAAGUGCACAUUUUGGGUGGAUUCAACGAUAGUGCUGCAUUGGAUAGCUGGAAAUCCGUCGCGAUGGAAGCCGUUCGUCGCUAAUCGUAUCUUGGAGAUUCAGCACAUCGCAGGCCAGAGUAGAUGGUACCAUGUAGCGGGUGCAGACAAUCCAGCGGAUAUUAUAUCCAGGGGAAUGAGCCCUAGCCAGCUGAAGGAAAAUGAAACCUGGUGGCAUGGACCAAAAUGGUUGUGUCAACCAAUCAACUGGGUUGAGCAGACCAAUGUACCGAAUGCUGUGUUUUCUCCAGAAGAGAUGGAAGAACGUUCCAUAGCAAUGGCUGUUAGCAACAGUGGGGUGAAUCCCAUUUUCGGUCUUCGAUCAUCGUAUCCAGCAUUAUUGAGGAUGGUAGCAUAUAUCCUUCGAUUCCGGUACAACAGCCAAAGCGUAAAUCGAACCCAGCGUCGAAAGGGAAUAUUAUCAAGCAACGAACUACAGAAAGCUGAAACCACAUUGAUUCGUAUUUCACAAACCGAAAGCUUUGCAGAAGAUAUCGCUGAUAUCCGACGAGACGGGCAAGUGAAGCAUAAGUCCAGCUUAAAGGCACUUGCUCCUGUAUUGAAAGAUGGUAUAUUACGUAUAGGCGGUAGAUUAAGAAACGCUCCAGUAUCAGAAACGCGCAAACAUCCGAUACUACUCGACUCAAAACACCCUCUAACGAUCCUCAUCAUGCAAUCGUACCAUCAACAACUAUUGCACGCGGGCCCGCAACUACUAGUAGCUACGAUUCGGGAAAGGUUCUGGCCUUUGCGAGUGCGCAAUCUAGCACGACGGGUGGUACACGAGUGUGUGAAAUGCUUUCGCAGCAGACCAACUACGAUGCAGCAGAUAAUGGGUGAUUUGCCAUCAGAAAGAGUCACUCCAACAGCGACAUUCGCUAAUACCGUAAUUGAUCUGUGUGGACCGCUAUGGUAUCGACUAGCACCACGGAAAGCCACCCCUAUGAAAUGUUUUGUCGCAGUGUUCAUCUGCCUGGUGACUAAAGCAGUACACUUGGAACUCGUAGCAGAUUUGUCAACCCAGGCGUUUAUUGCAGCACUGAAGCGUUUCGUUGCAAGGCGAGGAAAACCAAGAACGAUAUCCUGUGACAACGCAAAAAACUUUCGUGGAGCAGAACGAGCCUUGAAGGAGUUAGCUGGCCUUUUCGACAUGCAACAAACGAAACACGCGAUUACAUCGCAUUGCGUCAACGAAGGAAUCGAAUUUAAAAUUAUUCUUCCACGCGCACCGAACUUUGGAGGUUUAUGGGAAGCGGCGGUUAAGAGUUUCAAGAGGCAUUUAAAGGCAACAAUUGGCGCAACCAUCCUGUUAAAAGAAGAUCUCGAGACGCUCAUCAUCCAAAUCGAAGCCUGCUUAAACUCUCGACCACUCACACCAAUGUCAUCCGACCCCGAGGAUUUAGAGGUACUGACACCUGGUCACUUCCUUAUUAAUCGUAGUUUAGUGUCCAUUUUAGAGCCAUCGUAUGCUGACAUCAACAUCAACAGAUUGGAUCGAUGGUGGUUAUGGAACAUAACGGUGUUCCAAACCGUCAAGCGAGGAUGCGUUCCUCCGCUUUUCAAAAUUCAAAAUAAUGCGUGCGUUUUGAGACGCACUUGAUCCGAUGACCUCGUGUUCGCACGUCAGAUAUCGAUGUGUCAUAUGGGAGCGUGCGUGGGAGAGAAUUUGAUGCGUGAAAUUCUCUCACCGCAUCCUGCGUGAGUUAGUAUUUAAGCUGCGUGCGAUCGAUGAUAUGCUCUCUUGUUCGGUGCGUUAAUUGCUAAACAAAGCAAGUGGCAAUAAAUUGUAACGUGUUUUAAUUGAC